AUGGGGCCUGGGAACCACACUGGACUGGCAGACUUCAUUUUACUGGGCUUAACUGAUGACCCAGUCCUUUGAGUCAUCCUCUUUGUGAUCAUCCUGUGUAUCUACCUGGUGACCAUAUCUGGCAAUCUCAGCACAAUCCUUCUUAUCAGAAUCUCUUCUCAGCUCCAUCAUCCUAUGUAUUUUUUUCUGAGCCACCUGGCUUUUGCUGACAUGUGCUUUUCAACUUCUGUCACACCCAAUAUGCUUGUAAACUUCCUGGUGCAGAGAAAUCCAAUCUCCUAUCAUGGAUGUGGCAUGCAGCUUGGUUCAACUGCUGUCUUUGGGACAGUCGAGUGCUUCCUUCUGGCUACAGUGGCAUAUGAUCACUUUGUGCAAAUCUGUAACCCACUGCUUUAUUCAACCAAAAUGUCCACACAAGUCUGUGUUCAGUUCCUCAUAGUGGCUUAUGUGGGUAGUUUUCUCAAUCUUGCUUUUACUAUUUCCUUCUAUGUUUUACUGUUCUGUGGACCAAAUCAUGUCAAUCAUUUUUUUUUCUGUGAUUCCCCUCUAGUGGAACUCUCCUGUUCUGAUAGCAGUAUCCCUGCAGUUGUCCCCUCAUUUGUUGCUGGGUCCAUCGUUGUGGUCACGGUGUUUGUUAUACUUGUCUCCUACAUCUACAUCCUCAUCACCAUCCUGAAGAUGAACUCCAGUGAGGGGCACCACAAGGCCUUCUCCACCUGCACUGCCCACCUCACAGUGGUCACUCUGUAUUUUGGGACUGUCACAUUUGUUCAUGUGAUGCCCAAGUCUUCCUUCUCAAGUGACCUGAACAAGGUGGCAUCUGUGUUCUACAAUGUGGUCAUCCCUAUGCUGAGCCCCAUUAUCUAUAGUCUCAGGAACAGUGACAUUAAGGGGGCUCUGAAGAGAGAGCUUGGCAGGAUAUUUUUGUAG